CUCAAUAAAUAGCUGUCGAAUUGCUUUCUUGUCUUGCGACCCCAGCCAAACAACAUCAGGCCGAGGGAUUCCCAAGACAAGGGCAAUCCACGUGAAGAGCGAAGUCAGAAGCUUCAACCAUCUUCGAUUGCCAGUAGAAAUUAAUCAGCAGCGCUCAUCUCUUCCCUAUUCGAGAUGUCCGAUCGAGACAGUAACCCCAAAAGGCGACGCCUCGAAUUUAACCCAUUGCGCUCUGACGACCGCUACAGCUCGCUGCCAACCCGAGAAAGCGGUCGAAACUUCAAGGAACCGCCGCGACGGUUCCAGUUUAACCGCGAAAGGAGAGAUGGCGGCGGAUCAGGCUCUGGCGUGACGACGCCUCGUGCCCGGGAUGACGCUUCACCGCAAGCGGAAGUUCCCGAAGAGGAUGAGACCGCGCUGGACCGUGACUGGUAUGCUGGCGACGAGACUGGUCAUACGUUUGGCGACGAGUACCACAACCCGUUCGCAGCGUAUGCCGAUGACAGCCUGGCCGAAAAGGAACAGAUUGAGAAGAAGACAGGUCGUUUCGACCGGAUGAGCGCCCGGGCACAACAAAAGCAGAGGGAUAUUGAUGCAUGGGAGACCAAUCGUAUGCUCACGUCGGGUGUCGCUCAGAGGCGGGAUCUGGGAGCCGACUUUGAGGAUGAUGAAGAGGCCACCCGCAUACAUCUCCUUGUGCAUGAUUUGAAGCCUCCUUUUUUGGACGGCCGCACCGUAUUCACCAAGCAACUCGAGCCUGUGCCCGCAGUCAGGGAUAAUCAGAGCGACAUGGCUGUGUUCAGUCGGAAGGGUAGCAGGGUGGUAAAGGAAAGGAGACAGCAGAGAGAGCGCCAGAAGCAGGCGCAGGAUGCAACGAACAUGGCUGGGACCGCGCUGGGAAACUUGAUGGGCAUCAAGGGAGAGGAAGAUGGCGACAGUGCGCUCCCGGUACCUGAUGACCAAGCCCCUGCCGAAGUCAAGGCCGAGAAAUCGGAUAACAAGUUCAGCGAGCACAUGAAGAAAAACGACGGAGCCAGCAACUUCAGUCAAACCAAAUCAAUCAGGGAACAGCGUGAAUUUCUACCCGCAUUUGCGGUUCGGGAAGAUUUGAUGCGGGUAAUUCGGGACAACCAGGUGAUCAUCGUGGUCGGCGAGACUGGUUCUGGCAAGACCACACAGCUCACUCAGUUUCUGUAUGAGGAUGGGUACGGUCAACUCGGCAUGAUAGGUUGCACCCAGCCAAGGCGAGUUGCUGCAAUGAGCGUAGCCAAGCGUGUAAGCGAAGAAAUGGAGGUCAAACUUGGCGGGACGGUCGGCUAUGCAAUCCGUUUCGAGGAUUGCACAAGCAAAGACACCGUCAUCAAGUAUAUGACCGAUGGUGUUCUCUUGCGCGAAUCUCUGAACGAACCGGACCUUGACCGGUACUCAUGUAUCAUCAUGGACGAGGCACACGAACGUGCACUGAACACCGACGUUUUGAUGGGCUUGUUCAAGAAAAUAUUGCAAAGGAGGAGAGACCUGAAGCUCAUCGUGACAUCUGCAACGAUGAACGCAAAACGCUUUUCCGACUUUUUCGGUGGCGCGCCGGAUUUCACCAUUCCCGGAAGAACAUUCCCCGUUGAUGUCAUGUUUUCUCGGUCGCCCGUGGAGGACUACGUUGAUCAGGCUGUCCAGCAAGUUCUCAAUAUCCAUGUCUCCAUGGGAACUGGCGAUAUCCUUGUGUUCAUGACAGGACAGGAGGAUAUCGAGGUGACGUGCGAGCUGGUUCGAGAGCGUUUGGAUGCGCUGAAUGACCCUCCCAAGCUCAGCAUUCUACCCAUAUACAGUCAAAUGCCAGCUGAUUUACAGGCCAAGAUCUUUGACAGAGCACCGCCUGGUGUCCGCAAAUGCAUCGUUGCCACAAAUAUUGCAGAAACGAGUUUGACAGUUGACGGUAUCAUGUACGUGGUCGACGCCGGUUAUUCGAAGCUCAAGGUUUACAACCCCAAAAUGGGCAUGGAUACCCUUCAAAUCACCCCGAUUUCCCAAGCGAACGCCUCACAAAGAUCCGGACGCGCUGGAAGAACAGGCCCGGGCAAAGCCUUUAGGCUGUUUACGGAGAAAGCAUUCAAAGAUGAGCUUUAUAUACAGACCAUACCCGAGAUUCAGCGCACGAAUCUUAGCAACACCAUACUACUCAUUAAAUCACUCGGUGUAAAAGAUAUGCUGGACUUCGACUUCAUGGAUCCGCCGCCUCAGGACACGAUGACGACAUCACUCUUUGACCUUUGGGCACUCGGGGCUCUAGAUAACCUUGGAGACAUGACGGAUCUCGGCCGCAAGAUGAACUUCUUUCCGAUGGAUCCCCCUUUGGCAAAGUUAAUCAUUAUGGCGGAGGAGUACGGCUGUACCGAGGAAAUGAUCACAAUCGUGUCGAUGCUUUCAGUGCCCAACGUCUUUUACCGGCCCAAGGAGCGGCAGGAAGAGUCGGACGCAGCGCGAGAAAAGUUCUUUGUGCCAGAGUCGGAUCACCUAACGUUCUUGCAUGUGUACUCGCAGUGGAAGGCAAAUGGUCACUCUGACGCGUGGUGCAGUCGGCACUUCCUGCAUUCCAAAUCGCUCAGGAGAGCCAAGGAGGUGCGAGACCAGCUUCUUGACAUUAUGAAGACCCAAAAGAUGGACAUUGUGAGUUGCGGGACAGACUGGGACGUUGUGCGCAGGUGCAUCUGCUCUGGAUACUACCACCAGGCUGCGAAGGUGAAGGGUAUCGGCGAGUACAUCAACCUGCGGACCAGCGUGACAGUCCAGCUUCACCCGACCAGUGCGCUUUACGGUCUCGGCUUUCUGCCCGACUAUGUCGUCUACCACGAACUCAUCCUUACCUCCAAGGAGUACAUGUCAACCGUGACUUCAGUCGACCCCAUGUGGCUUGCUGACCUAGGUGGUGUCUUCUACUCUGUCAAGGAAAAGGGAUACUCUGCACGGGACAAGCGUGUGGUGGAGACCGAGUUCAACCGCAAGAUGGAGAUUGAGGCACAAAUGGCCGAGGACAAGCGCAGGGAUGAGGAACAGAAAAAGGCCGAUGCGGACAAAGCAAACGGCAAAGUCAAGUCAAGUGUCGAUGGGGCUGGGAAGAAGUUUGUCACCAAGGGUUCUGUAAGGAAGCCUGUUAUGAAGAAGCGUGGGCGUCCAUAGCCAGACUUAUUACGUACAGUUUAACGGCGAAUGGGGCACGGUUCAAAGGUCACGAUGGCUGAAUGUUUUGCUUAUAACGGGUUUCGCCGGUCAUGGUGUACGUACUAUUACGUCAGGAUUCAGCAGGGACCUGCCUCACGAGGCUAUCCGCAUUCCAUCCCCCGCACUGGACUUGCCACCGUGCUCACGCCUAGGGAUAUGCAGAUAAAGAGAUAUCGGACGAUUUAACGAUGAGAUGCUUCGCCGCGUCAGCCAAUGUCAUGUUACAGGAAAAGUAACUACCUUACCCUUGCUACCUUAUCGAUGGCUUGGAUGGCACAUACCUAGUACCGGUACUACAAGUAUGUACCUAAUAUGUAUCUAAUUACCUUAGCAAGCUUGCAAGAUUAUCAAACAUACAACGCUAGCCCAUCUGGAAUUUCUUUCAUAAGAUGAUC